UCGGCCUCCUCCUUCCCCCACGUCGACGAUGGUCGCCUAGUGGAUGCAGACCGUAUUCUUCCCCGCCGCCGGCCACCUCUUCCCUUGCUCCGGCCGCCUCCUUCCCUCCCUCCACUGCGCGCCUUUAGCUGCGGUUCAACAAUAAAACCAGCAGCAGUCCAUGCAUCCGUCUUACCUCUUCCCUCUCUACUGCUCUUCUCCCGCUAAUUUGUUUUUUCUCUGAACUGCAGCACAAGGGAGGUUGAACGGGCUGCAGAAUGCGGGUUCGGUUGCCGCUGCGUCCAGCAGUCCAACCCCGUCGCCCCAGGCCGUCCAGCGACCUGUCGGGCUAUGGUAUUCUGUUGCAAGUUGGCGAACAACAUUAGCGACCAUACUCUCCAACCGCCCCAUGGUACGGCCGGCGACAACGAGUAGGUGGCAAGUGUACCACAGCGAGCAAUGGGACAGAGGUAUGAAGCAGAUGUAUUUGCUUAAGUACUUCAGCUCAACAAAAAGCUCCAAAAAAGUUCAGAGUUUGUUUUCAGAAAAGCUCCAUGGUGUUUCUUCGGCUACAGCAUCCAUGCAUCCAAGUCGAGCUCUGACCGCAGUCCAAGUGGAACUGCGACCACCAUCUUCACCCAGCGCUGCACCCAUUGAGCACCCACACAAGACGGCAUGCUCCACUUGGCUUCAACUGCACCGCCGGCCUGAUCCACUUGUCUUCCACAGCGCCACCGGCGGACAAGCCUGGAUGCCGUCGUCCGAACCGCCGCACUGCCCAGCUGCAACGCUCCUGCAGCCACCAUCCGGCGGCGCACGGUGCUCCAAGCACGUCCUGUGGAUGCCUCCUCCUCUUGCCUACUCCCUGCGAAGCGCCCGACCGUCUCCCUUCUUCCCCGUCCAUCCAGCAUAAGAACUCGGCGUGUGUGGUUGCCAAUGGGCUCUCCUACACAGUGGUCGCCCAUG